AUAUAUGUGUUGUUGGAAGCAAGCAUAGCAUUGAAAAUGCUUGAAACAUCAAUACUGGAAAAUAUUUUAAAAGAGUUAAGGAAUUCCAAAUUACCUGAUAAAUCUAUAGUUCUCCAAAUUUUAGAUGAUAUAGCGUAUGUUUUAUCCAUGGAAUGUACCAUGAUAGAUAUUUUCGGUCCUACAAAUGUGAUCGGUGAUAUUCAUGGCCAAUUUUAUGACUUAGUUUCAAUACUAGAUGGUCUAGAUUCAGGUUAUAAUAUGGUAUUUCUUGGAGAUUAUGUCGACAGAGGAUAUAAUUCCAUAGAGCUAAUAGCUUUGCACACUAGAAAUGACCAUGGUACUAAUUCUAAGGAUGGCAGAGACUUUAUUUUACUGCGUGGAAAUCAUGAAUCACGAGCUCAGACGGAAGUAUAUGGGUUUAAGAUAGAGGUUCUUAUAAAAUACGAUCUAUACGUCUACCUGAAAAUCUGUGACAUAUUUAAUUUACUUCCAAUAGCCGUUCGAGUAAAUAAUAAAUACUUCUGUAUUCAUGGUGGAAUUAUUCCAGAGCUAACAGUUGAAGAGCUUAACAAUACUAAUCGUAUGCAAGAAUACUCUGGGAUUACUGAUGCAUUGUGGAGUGAUCCAUCAGAAAAUAUCGAAUAUUUUUCAAAGAGUACCAGAGGUGCUGGAUUUCUAUUUGGUAAGAAAGCACUCUGUGAUUUUUUAGAUGUUUCUGGCUGUGAAUACCUGAUAAGAAGCCAUCAGUUGAAAAAACAUUUCUGCAAGAAAUGCAAUUCCCAUAUGGCAAGCAAAGUGGCUAUUUACAAAAAAGGAAAGGAUAAUCCUCAAAGACAGGGUAAUAGAAGAUAUGCCAUUAAACAGGCUGGUUUUGGUGGACAGACCAAACCUAUUCUUAGAAGAAAAGCAAAAAAUACUAAAAAGCCAGUUCUUAAACUUAAAUGCUCGAAGUGUAAUGGUAUGACAUUGAAAGUGCUUAAAAGAGCCAAACAAACAAUUAUAUCUAACGAAAAGAAGGUUAAGGGGGCUGCAUUGACUUAUUAA